AUGUCGACAACAACCACAACAGAGGUUCUUUCUCCCCAAGCAUCCACUGUCUUGUCUGAUCGGCAGCAACAGCAACAGCAGAACCCACCACCAGGGACGGCAACCUCGGGCCGGAUAUCUGAGUCUCUCAACGUCGAAUCUAAUGAAGAGGGAGAACUCAAUUACCCCACAGGAACCAAAUUUUGGUUCACCAUCAUUGCAUUGUGUAUGAUCCUGAUUCUCGGAGGGCUAGACGCCAAUAUCGUCGCGACAGCCGUGCCCAGCAUUACCAACCACUUCCACACGGUCGCCGACGUAGGAUGGUACUCGUCGGCAUUUCGACUCUGCACCUGUGCCUUCCAGUUCGGGUUCGCGAAGCUAUAUACGCUCUUCUCCAUAAAGGCGAUCUUUUUGGUGAGCAAUGUGAUUUUCCUUGUCGGGUCUUUGCUCUGUGCCACGGCGGUCUCAUCGGCUAUGUUCAUUGCUGGGAGAGCAGUAACGGGUCUCGGAUUCGCGGGUGAGAUGGCUGGCUGUUUUGCGGUCGCAGUGCAGAUCCUGCCCCUCAACCGGCGGCCAGUGUUUGCGGGUUUGAUGGCGUGUGUGGAAUCGCUUGCGAUCAUUGCGGCGCCGAUAGUAGGGGGUGCCCUAACGCAGUCUUUGGGUUGGAGAUGGUGUUUCUGGAUUAACCUUCCCAUUGGCGUGGUAUCGCUGGCGACCAUGCUUUUGCUCUUCUCAGACCCAAGAACCCGCCAGGAGGACGACCUGACGUUGACCCAAAAGAUCAUAGAGCUCGACCUCGUUAGCAACUGCUUGUUCAUCCCAUCUCUAACUGCGCUCUUCGUCGCGCUGUCUUGGGCGGGAACCAAGUACCCCUGGUCCGAUGGGAAAGUGAUUGGACUAUUCGUCGUAUUUGCUGUGCUCCUUGCUGUCUUCAUCCUCAAUCAACACCGACGUGGAGACUCAGCGGCGCUCCCGUUCCGCAUCCUCAAAAGCCGAAGUGUCAUUGCAGGCUUCAUUUUCACGACAUGCACGAAUUCGAUGACGAACGUCUUGGAGUGGUAUUUACCAACAUACUAUCAAGUUGUUCGAUCCCGGAGUCCAAGCGAGAGCGGCUACCUGAUGAUCCCCAUCCUCGUGGGAAUGAUGCUCGGGCUCUUUCUUCAGGGCAUUGGCACCACCACGUUUGGCUACUACGCUCCCUUUAUGAUCUUCGCCUCCAUCUGCAUGCCCAUCGCGGCGGGCUUGAUGACCACAUACAAUCUCCAUACAUCCCUUGUCCAGAUCAUCCUCUAUUCCGGAUUCGCUGGCUUCAGCGGAGGCAUCGGCUUCCAAGGCUCCCAAGCAGCGGUGCAGACCACGUUGAGUGCCGCAGAUGUCAAUCUGGGGAUCGGGGUCAUCUUGUUCGGGCAGAGUAUGGGUCCGGCGGUGUUUAUCGCGAUUGCACAAGUGAUCUUCACGAAUCGCUUGUCGUCAGCUUUGCAAGAUAUUGUUCCAGGGCUGACACCGGGAUACAUCGCAGAACACGGACUAGGCGAUCUUAAGAAUGGGGUUCCCAUACAGGAGUGGGAUCGGGUCUUGUGCGGUAUUGAGCGAAGCCUGACUCACACGUGGUACCUUGCCGUCGCGUUGGCUUGCACGACGAUUGUGGGAAGUCUUAUGAUCGAAUGGCGUUCGGUUAAGCAGAAGCAGUCGUGA